CCAAUUGUUUCAUCAUUUCAUUUUACUACAAUGUUUUGAUCGCAUAAAUUUUUAUUUUUAACAAAAUUUUAGAAAUUUUAGUGUCGUCCAAGUUUUUGCGGCUUUUAAUGUUUUUAAUGUACAAUUCGAAUUGAAAUUUUAACAAGAUGCAUUCACAAAAAGAAUCUUACUGUUUAGCGAAAAGUCUUCAUCAACGAGAAUCCUAUUCUUUAGCGAAAAGUCCACAUCAAAAGUUAGAUUGGAGUCAGAUAAGUCCUUACGAUGUAAUUCAAAUGAAAAACUGUAAGCUAUUUAAAUUUCGCAAGAGCGAAAUGUAUCCCAGCAUUAGACCUCCUGUAUCCCAAUGCGAUCCUGAUGAGACGGCCGCUUGGCUAACAACAUCGAUGGAGGCCAACGGCUUGGGAGGUUUUGAUCCGAAAUUGUUGAAGAAAUCUGCUAGUGUCGAUGUGCUUAACUCCCAUUUGAAUAAGACGCAGGAACAGCUCUACAAGACGGAGGGAAAACCUCAUAUGGUGCUUGAUUGGAGCAAAAUUACACCCUGCGAUUUGAUGCGGUUGCAAAACUGCAAGGCUUUUGAUUUUAAAAAACGCGAAAGAUAUCCCAGUAUCAAGCCACCAGUGUCGCUUUGCGAUCCUGAGUGGACAGCUGAAUGGCUAGCGAAUGCUGUCAAGGAUCAGGGUUGUCGUAAGCUAUUCAACAUGGAGAACGACGACGUUGUAGAAAUAUGGAAACAAAGUCCACAAAAAGAUACGCUCGGCUUCUACGGAGUUGGCUCUGAUAUUCAGACACCGGAGGCCGUGCAAUAUAAUCAAGUGGUGUCCAAGUGCUUAAGAAAAGUUCGACCCUCUAAAUUGAAGAAUAGAAAUCAUGUUACUAAUAUCUAUACAUUUUCACAAAAGCCUCCCAAGGCAUCCCGCAAUUUAAUACUCAAUCGCUGCUUGCUGGAGUCUAAAGUGGCAGAGAUGCCAAAAGUUCAGCAAAACCUCCAUCCAAGCACAGCUCUCAGAUGGCUACAUUGUCCCAAUUCAAUAUAUAAUCCAUUUGAGAAAACUCAACAUGAUUUUAAGCCUGUUUAUCAGGGAAAGUUUGCUGCUAGGAGGAAUCAAAAUUAUUGCAAUUUGAAGUAUGAAAUUCCUGAGAAGAGGUGCACAGAAUUUGAAUGGAUGAAAUACGGACAAGAUCCAAAUUUAAAUGAUGAAAAAUUCAAGAAGGAGAUGGAGCUAUUGGAAAGGGUUCUGGAUAACGAGCCAAAGAGCUACGAUGAGCUUUACUCUCAAUUGGUAUCUUGUUUUGAAAAGGAGUACAAUCGAGAUCCUCUAUCAGAGUCUUAUUAUAAGUGCUGUCAGCAAUAUUUAAAGAAUAAAGAGCAAUUUGGUUUCACCGCAGAUGAUGGGGCAAGUGGAGGCGCAUUGGGAGAAGGUUUUGGCGGUGGAUAUGGUGACGAACGGGAUCAAUUAGGUGGUGACAAAGCGAACGCUGUUAAAGGUACAAAAAAUACGGGUGUUAACUUUGGGCACUUCGGAUUAGCAUUGUCAAGUUCAGAAAUCUUUAGAGAAGGUGGUGCAGAAGCUGAAGAGCUUGGAACAGGAGACGCAGGCUUAGGACGCCCUGGAGAUAUCAGCUCAAAAGGCCUAGGGCCAGGAGGUGCCAGCUCAAAAACCUUAGGACUGGGAGAAACCAGCUCUGGAAAGCUACGAGCGGGAGGUGCAAAAUCUGAAGGCUUUGGAGCAGCAGCUUCAAGUAGAGUUGAAGUUAAAAAAAUGCGAGGCAAAAGCAACUCUCGUGUUCCUGUUAAAGGCGAUAGAUCUUUUUAAAUGGGAGCUGCUGAUCACGGCGAUAUCAAGAAGAAAAGAAAAGAAGGGGCGGCGACUGAUAAGGCAGCAGGCGUUAAGAAGAAUGGGGUUAACCAUGUCGGAAAUGUGCUCGGUAAAGUGUCCAAAUCAAAAAAGGAAUCCAUAAAAAAAACAAAUGUGGAAACGAAAACCAAAGCUGCAACUAGUUUAAAUGAUAUUGAUAUAAUAGAGCAUAGAUUUCCCACUGAAGACAGGGAAUCUACUGAAACCUUAGUUUUACAUAAGUCGCUAGGUAAAUUACGUGAAUUUUCGUCCGAUUUUCCCAGGGGAUCUUUAAGCUCAUCUUUAUUUUGGAAAAAACCAUCCAGCGAUACCGGAGAUGAAAAGCGCAAGGGCAAACGUAGAAAAACAAAAGAUACUAGUGUGAAAGGUGGUUCACGAAGAGGAGGUCUACUUAAGGGGAAAUCGAUAGAAAAACGAGGCAAAGGUAAACAUCAGAAAGAAGUCUCAUGCGAGGAACCGGUUCUCAAGGAAAAAGCAAAAGAUCCAAACGAAGACUGUCCUUGUGAGAUCUGCGAAUCUUUAUAUCAGCGCGAAAGUGACGCACCUUUUAUUGUUCAAAUGCUGCGAGAGCAAAAGCAGCGUCAAUUAAUCGAGUAUCACCAGCGAUUGUGUCGUCAGGCAAAUGAGUUGUGGCAACCUCCCAAUUAUCUAGCUCCACAGCACAAAUGCGAUGAUAUCGAGUGCGAGGAAAACUUCAAUUUGAAUCCCAAAAUUGCCCAGCUUUUUGAUUGUUUGAAUGCUUUAAAGGAUUUACAAAAAUUGCUGUGUCCCAAACAUGACAACGAUAAAUAUCAGGUCAUCUUUAAAGUACAGAAUCUGAAGGAUCGCCUCUGCUGGCGUCUUAAUCAGUUGUUAUAAGCUGAAUUUCGAAACAAACAUUUUAAUGUCAUUCUGUCGUUAGGUUUUAUUUGUUUUGUUUUAAUAAAACUUUAUUGUUUUAGGUUUUAAA